AUGGUUGGGGCCCCGACUUACACAGACCAAGAGAUUUCCUUUGUGCUCGAGAAGGUGCUCGGCAAGGCGACCAACCUGGCCAUCCGGAACGGCUUUGAGAGGCGGUUUGGUCGUCCCCUCUCCGCAAGCCAAUUGCGAUACCUGAAGGGCAAGUACGGCAAGGACCCGCGCUUCAACAGCCCCCUUGUCAACAACGCGGCAGGGUCCUCGUCCGCCAUAUCCGCCGUCGCUCCGGUCUUUUCGACUUCCUUAACCCCCAGGAGGCAGUCCCAUGUCCCCGAAUUCAACGUAGCGUCGACGGCUACCCCUCCGACCAUUCCUCCGUUGUUGCAAUCUAGAAGAGAGCCGAUCGGAUGCGAAGUGCCCCUGAAGGCGGAGAGAGCCGCCAAGCGUCGACGCGACCAUGAAGAUGUACCACUUCUACCCGAUGAGAGGCAGCCGACGUCGAAGCGUCGACUAGAAGACGAUGAAGCGAGGGCCUCAAUGUGCCAACCUGACGAAGUAGUCGCUCUGCUGGAGGAGACGGAAAGGGCCACCAAACGCCGACGAGGCAUUCGAGAAGGUUGGCCUUUGGACGACGAAAGGGUUAUCAAACGGCAUCGAAUCGUUGACGAAACCGAGUACCGGCUACCUGCCUCGACACUUGGGCAAAGACAGCCGGGGCCAGGUGCUGCCUCAGAUGCCUCCUUUGUCAGCCAUAUCGACGUGGCUUCUCCUCUGUCCUCGACCGAAUCCCCAGACAGGCCUUCCUCCACUACCGGGCUGGACCAGUUCUUCAGCGUCACCCACCGUCUACAUCUGCCCACCUCUGCGCCCUUCCAGGCCAGCUCGUCGAACUGCGAACUUAGACAGACCACUACGAGAAACUGCGAGCAUCUCGUCGAGCCCAGUCCCUCCAUCUUCACCGCCGAAGAAACCGCUCGAUCCCAAGCGACGCAAACGUCGCCGGAUGUUGAGCUGGGUGUUGGUCAGGCUCACGCGACAUUUCAAUCUUCUUCUGGCGCCACUUGGCAGAACCAGCAUGGCAUUUCAGUCGAUGAGUUCUCUGGUACUGACUCCCUUUUUGGAGACACACCCGAGCAUCCGUCCUCUCGCGAUGCGCUAUCCUAA